AUUUUUUUUCCGUUUUUUUUUUCUUCAAAAUUUUUUUUUCUAUUCCACCAAAACUUAUUCUUUUCCUUCUAAGUAAAUAAAAUUAUAAAACAUGUUGCGUUCAAUCUUAGCACGAAACUUUGGUUUGAUAUCUCAAACUACAACUCGUGCAAGCACUCGUCCUAUAGCAUUUAAUCUUUCACGUUCAUACCAUGAAAAGGUUAUUGAUCAUUAUGAACGUCCUCGUAAUGUUGGAUCAUUACCAAGAACAGAUUCCGAUGUAGGAACUGGACUAGUUGGUGCACCAGCAUGUGGUGAUGUUAUGAAACUUCAAAUUCGAGUUGAUGAACGAACUAAUAAAAUUGUAGACGUUAAAUUUAAGACGUUUGGAUGUGGUUCCGCGAUUGCUUCUUCAAGUUAUAUGACAGAACGUGUACGAGGGAUGUCUUUAGACGAAGCCUCAAAAAUUAAAAACACUGAAAUUGCAAAAGAGUUGAGCCUACCACCUGUCAAACUUCAUUGUUCAAUGCUCGCAGAAGAUGCUAUUAAAUCUGCUAUUAAAGAUUAUAAGAGUAAACGUAGUGCAUUAUCAGCGCCAAAUGUCAAUAAUAUUAGUCAACAAUCUUCAACACAGGCUACUGCAUAAUUAUGAAAUUUAUCGUACCAGGUUAUCCGUAAUAAGUUGCUAUGAAAUCAGUGUUUUCUUAUUAAUAUGAGAGAAUAUUAUAAACUUUUUUUUGCUACUAUCUAUUUGAUAUUAGUUGAGCUUUGUAUAUAAAAUUAUUUCUUAAUCACUAUUUCCUUUUUAUUUCAUGACGUAAAUGAUAUAUAUAUUAAAAUGAUUUUUUAUUUGAAUAACUAUUAUAAGGAAUAUAUAU